AUGUCUUCUGUUUCUAUCAAAUUCCUUGUCUUCUCAGCAAUUUUCAUAAAUCAGGCGUUGGCUUGUGAUUCUUCGGUUUCGGAAGGACGUGAGUAGUUAGCCUAUCUCUCUUUUUAUCCUUGAAAUUAAUUAUUUAGCAUGUGACGGAAGUCUUCUAACAUGUCAAACUCAAGUUUGUGAUGUUUCUGCGGGACAAUGUUGUCCGGCUACAAGUACUAGCACAGCUUCUACAACCACCAAAUCCUCCUCAUCAUCUUGCGCAGAUUUGUUAAACCCGAAAACUGGUGUUUCUGAUUGUCCAAAUCGUGCUUACCUUUGCAACGAUUCAGUUUACUAUGACGUCAUGACAACUCAAUGCCCAAAAACUUGUGGAAGAUGUAAUUCAACUUCAUCAUCCUCCUCCUCGUCCACAAACUGCACUGAUAAGCUCAAUCCAUCCACAGGAACAUCAGAUUGCCCAAACCGCGCUUAUCUCUGUAACAAUUCUGCUUACUAUGACGUCAUGACUGUUCAAUGUCCAAAAACUUGUGGAAGAUGCUCAAGCUCAUCAUCCUCAACAACUUGCGCGGAUCUUUUGAACCCAUCAACCGGUGUUUCUGAUUGUCCAAAGAGAGCCUAUCUUUGCACAGAUUCGACCUAUUAUGAUGUGAUGACUGUUCAAUGUCCAAAGACUUGUGGAAGAUGUCCAUCGACAUCAACAUCCACUUCAACUUCGACUUCAACAACAACAUCAACUGCAGCUACAACUGAGGAAGUAACAGCUAGCACUUAA